CGACUCACGACUCACCGUGGCCGCGGAGUGACAGCUCGCCGAGCUCGAGCUGUCAUCAGCGGUGUUCGCGCGCGCGUCACGUACCGUGGUUCGCGUUUUUCGUACUGCGAGUAUACGUGCCGGUGCCGGUGACGCGCAGCGUGCUCGUGCCGGUUACGCGGGACGCGUUCUGUCAGUGUCACCGGUGAUACUCGUUACGAAAUCGCGUCUUUUUUUCCCCCGUCGAAAAAGCCGAACGGCCGCCGCGCACGGUGGGUGCGCACGCAAGGGAGAACGGCUCCGCUCCGCUCGCCGCCGCCGGCUCGGCCAGUCUACUGGAAGAUUCCAUUGUGAGAGUGGGCUUUCGAAAAGUUUCGCGGAAACCACCGGCGAGGCCUACACGGACAAUCAUCGCCGAGCCAUCGGGACGUUGUUCAGGACAGACCAGGUGCUUCAUGGACUAGAGUAACAUCCUUGGAAGAAAGUAGACUAUCAUUCGGAAAAUUAUUUAGAAAAUUUUGCGAAGAGUUCGGUAAAAUAACGUGUGCGAUAAUAAUGUAAAGGAAAAUGUGAUUCUCGGUCAGUGAUUACUGAUUACGUUGAUACAGAAAAAAAGCAAGAAACGAACUGUAUAAUAGAAACCGUGGUAGUAAAGUAAAGAGAAGAAGAGAAAGAUAAGCACUAUAUAAAAGGUACAGAAAAAUAGAAGAAAGAAGAGGAGAGACGCAUUGCGAUCGCAUCCGAUCAAGCUAAAACGUUCUCUCGGUCGAUCGUUUUCUCUGUGGAAGUUGACGAUUACAGUAGCUGUUUCGAGAGAAGAUUGCUCGACGAGCUCGCAAAAUAGGCGAAGGUACCGUCUCUCUGGGAAAAAGAGAAAAGGCGAAUUGGAAGGAAGAAAAGUGUAGAUAUCCCGCUGGUCCAUCGCACACUGUUUAUCCUGGGAAUCGAGCCGAGCGCCCGGGCGCCUCGAUACUCCGUGCGAUUGCUUUCAAAGACGAAAGAAGGAUUCCGCAAGGAUCGGGUAGAAGGAAAACAACGUGCGCAACGAUACAGGAAAAGAGAGAUGUACCGAGAACCGAGCAGUUCGUCGGGCAGCGGCGCUUCUACCAAGGGCGACGAAGUCGAACUCGUCAGUAGAUUCCUGGCGCCGCUCUGCGCCAGAGACGAAGCGGCAAGGAACAUCGCCUUGGCUGCGGCCAGGACUACCGUCGAAGGAUGGCUGGGUGGCGUCAGCAGCCCAAAUCGCUGGGAGGACGCCGGCGACAUCGAGGACAUCAAGACCGCGAGUGGGAAAUUUUCCAGUUCUCAGGACGGAAGAUACGAUAUGAGCAUCGAACGGUCGCCGACGAGAUCGUCGCCGAGAAAUGUGCAGCAGCAGCAGCUGUUGCACGACACGUUCCGGACGGAAGGCUUCUUUCCGCAAAGCAUCAAUGACAAUCCACCUCCGUUCCUCGAGGAGAACAAUCCGGAAUGCUCGUUCGAUUGCGUGGAUGGUCGUCUUUUGAACGAAAGGCGAUUUCGCGAGCGAUACGCCAGCGGCGACGGCGUCGAGAGUUGCAGGUCCGGUCAUUCGACGUCUUCAGACGAGGGUAGUAAGAGUUUCAAUAUUGAAGGCAGAUGCCCGCGCUUCGGCUCGAACAGCGAGACUGAGAGGAAGCAUCCUGGUUCAUCGUCGAGUGACAGAUCGACAAGCGAUGACUAUUGCUCUGGCAGGACGAAGAACAAUUACGUGAAAGUGAAGGGCGCUAAGCAGAAGCAGCUGGAAGAUGACGAGCUUGAUGCGGAUACCCGAGUGUACGGCAAAAGUCCGAAGUUCGAUGACAACCUGAGCGGCCUCGCGUCAUUCGACUGUCGGAAUCUGAAUCGCCGAGCCAAGAUUGUCGCCAGCGGCGACCUGCUAACGCACGAACAGCGCCGAUACUACGACGCCGGCACCGACGACGACGUCUCUUUCAAUGACAGCGAGGCGGCGCGCAGCGACGGGGUUGUCUUUAACACUCUCGACGGUUUCGAAAACGAGAACGAUCUAUCACCUUUCUACCAUCAGGAUAUGAACUUGGAGAACCGCGAGACAGCGGUCUAUGAUGACAUACCGGAGGAUUCUCGCCGGACGCAGCAAGACUAUUUGCGCAAGAACGAUGAGAGGAAGUUUAGUGCCGGUCAGAUCAAAAGGCCGCUCUCGCAGGACGAGGACGUGUCUUCGAAGAGCGGCCGGGUGCUCGAGAGCCCUGAAGUGACACCCGGCGACGUCGGCAGGAUGCUGAAUCUUGGUAACGCUUUGGACGGACCCAGGCAAGCACAGGCUAACAAGUACCUCAGUCUGGUGACGUUGCAUCUGCCGGUGAUACUGAGGCUCAGCGUUAAUUGCCCCUUCCAGAACGUUAGAAUCAAGUGUGCGGAGAUCCUCCAGAUGGUUAAGGAGAGAGGACUUCCAGUACCGGUGCCCGCCUUCGAUGGACCUAGUGCCUUCGUCCCUCUCUCGGAGUUGCCGGAUCUAAACAAUCUCGAUGAAAAGACGCAUGUCCUGUUGAUGGAUGCAUUUCUACAGAACAACAGGCUCGAUCAUGUUUCGAGGGUAAUGUCCUCGCACCCAUCCUAUUUGGAACAUUUCCUUCGGACCCAGCAAUUCGUUCUUCGGGGUGACGGUCCACUUCCUUAUGACUACAGACAUCUCAUUGCCAUUAUGGCUGCGGGUAGGCACCAAUGUAGCUACCUUAUAAACCUGCAGAAGGGAGAGUUCCUUCUUCAGGGCGGUGACCCCUCAUGGCUCCAAGGCCUUAGAUCGAUUCCGGGGAAGCUGCAAGAUCUCUAUGAGAUCAACAAGAUCCUAGCUCAUAGACCGUGGCUCCUGAAUAAAUCGCACAUAGAGAAAUUGACUAAGGGCGAUGAUAAUUGGUCCUUAGCGGAGGUUGUCCAUGCGAUAGUUCUAUUAGCCCACUUCCACUCGUUAUCCUCUUUCGUAUUUUCUUGUGGAAUUAAUGAAGAAUUGGAUAACGUAACUGGUCAUCACUAUAAGGAGAACAUCCAGGACAAUAGUAGUAAGAUACCACCUGCCAAAGAUAAGCUCAUGAGCCCUAAAAAGAUCCCCAACGGAGAUGGCAAGACUGAAAAUUUACCGUCGCCGCCGUCGUCACCGAGCAUAGUUGGCGAGCAGGAAGUCGGAGUGGAGACUCUGAUGGAACGUAUGAAGCGUCUCUCGGAAAAAUCCGAGUCCUAUCAGAUCACGCAGGAGGAGCUUUCCAAGAGAUUCGAGACUGUUGAGACGCAAUCGGCCGAGCUGGCAGCAGCGCCGCAAAGGAGCAGCUCGGUCCUCGACUCCGAUAUCGGUCUAUUCAUCGAGGAUCCCACUUUCAUCUAUCAGGAUUUCGCCAAGCGCGGUCAGUUGAACGACAUACCGACCUUCCGCGUCCAGGACUAUUCCUGGGAUGAUCACGGUUAUUCCUUGGUGAAUCGUCUGUACAAUGAUGUCGGUAAUCUUCUCGACGACAAAUUCAAGACCGCAUACAAUUUGACAUACUAUACCAUGGGCACGCAUAACAAGGUCGAUACGUCGCGCUUUAGACGGGCGAUCUGGAACUACAUACAGUGUAUGUUCGGCAUCAGGCAUGACGAUUACGAUUACAAUGAGGUGAAUCAAUUGCUCGAGCGUAGCCUCAAAACCUUCAUCAAGAGCGCCGUUUGCUAUCCGGAGCGCGUUACAAAGAGGGAUUAUGAUCGCGUCAUGAGAGAAUUCAAACACAGUGAAAAGGUCCACGUGAACCUGAUGAUUCUAGAGGCUCGCAUGCAAGCAGAACUGCUGUAUGCCCUUCGUGCCGUGAUGCGGUAUAUGACCUAAAGCGAAGUUCCGCGUCGCUCCCUCGUUUGUCCGCUGUCUAUCAGUCUGCAGUUUGUCGAUUUGUUUUCUCGCGCCAUGCUCUAUGCCGUAAAUUCGCAGACUUCCUGUGCGCGGCAUAGAAGGAGCAGACAAGCGCGAUAUCAUCGAGUCUUAUACAGAACAUCACACACAUAUGCAUGCGCUAUCAUGAGGCCGUUUCAACGUCGACUCGUGAAUUGCGGCGAUAGCGAGCAAUCGCGAUUCUUCAGCGAGUGCUGAAAAAGGCGAUAGUGGAAGAGCAAAAGGA